GAGUCCGGCCCGUCCCUGGAGGCUCCGCCCGGGCCUGGGAGGAGGAGGAGGAGGAGGAGCCGCGCCGCCGGCCGAGCUCGACAUGGGGCCGCUCUUGGCGCGGGGCGUCGGCGUCGGGGCCUGGCGCGGAGGAGAGGAGGCCCUCCUCAGGAGGCCCCUCAGCAGCGCGAGCCGGAGCACCUUGGACGUAGCCGUGAUUGGCGGCGGGAUUGUGGGGCUGGCCUCGGCCCGGGAGCUGAUUCUGCGGCAUCCCUCCCUCGUUUUUGCAGUGCUGGAAAAGGAGGAGGAACUGGCUCGCCAUCAAAGUGGACACAACAGCGGGGUCAUUCACAGCGGGAUUUAUUACACGCCGGGAUCCUUAAAAGCAAAGCUGUGUGUGGAAGGCGCUGCCCUUUGCUACAAAUACUGUGACACAAAGGGAAUCCCGUAUAAGCAGUGCGGCAAGCUCAUCGUUGCUGUCGAGCAUGAAGAAAUUCCAAGGCUCAAGGCAUUAUACAAGAGAGGGCUACAGAAUAACGUCCGAGGGUUGAAACUCAUCACUGCCAAAGACAUAAAAGCAAAGGAGCCCUACUGCCGGGUCUCCGCCGGCCGCCUCUCGUCUGGCCCCUGCUGGAGGCCGGCGGGACUGCGGGCGCUGCGGGCGGCAAUGGCGCCCUUCCACCAGGAGGAGGCGGCCGAGAGGCGCCGUCAACGCUACGCGGCAGCGGCUAUUCACAGGCGCGGUCCCACUACUGAUCGGCACGGGAGUUUUGACCUGCUCCGUCUCCGACCUGGGCCGGUUCACCCCUCCUUGGGCAACCUGGCGGGCCGCGGCUCCCCGCGGCUCGCCAUAUUGAUGCCGAACUUAGUGCGGACACCCGAUCGGCAUAGCCCGCUGCGGCCCAGAACUCCUGAGCUCACGCGAUCCGCCGGCCUCAGCCUCCCCGGCAGCCGGGAUUACAGGCGCGCGCCACCGCGCCCGGCUAGGAGAGGGAGGCAGCGGCCGGGGCCUUAG